AUGAGAGUGUUCAAGAACGAUCUGCUGAGAUGGACCUGUGAGAGACACGCUACCGGCUGUCUCCUUGACAAGCAUCUCCUACGUGACAAGGCCCUCGAGUUAGCCCAUAAGCACGGACUGACCAAUUUUAAAUGUUCUGAGAAAUGGCUAACAUCUUUCCUGAAGAAGUAUGGCUUCUUGUUAAAUUCGAAGAAAUCUUCUGGACCAAUCUUCAAUAAUUACCGUCUCUGGAUCGAUAUGAUGCGAUCCAUCAUCACACAGUAUAAGCAUAAAGAUCUCUUCCAUGUAGAUGAGUUGAUGAUGUAUUCGGACGUUCCACCUAUCGAAAUAUCAGCAUCAAAAAUACGGCAAGAUGAAUCUGAUACGAACUUGGAAAAAACGACAAUACUGUUGUGCUGCAAUGCCUCUGGUACCGAGAAGUUACCACUAUUGAUCUGCGGUUCUUAUCUCGCUGUGAUAAUGGGCAAGGAUCAUGUAUAUAGUCACAGUGAAGACGCCUCGAUAAAUGACAGUCUCUUCAGAGAAUGGUUGAUCCAAUUGAACUAUCUUAUGUCGAACAACGAUCGCAGAAUCCUGCUACUUUUGCAUAGAAAUCGUAUCGACGCUCUUCGAGAUCUCAAACUGAGCAACAUUAAACAUAUCUUUUUUCCUGAUGACUUUCCUCCAACGUUGAGGCCUCUGAAGAGAGAUGUCUUCCAUUUCGUGAAGAUGACUUACAGAAGCAAGUAUGUAGAAGGAAUCAGAGAACGUAGACACCGAUGGAACGUCGAGAACGUAGUGAAAAGCUUGGUGGAAGCGUGGCGGCAAGUUCCGCGUGAUCUCAUUAUCGCCAGUUUUCAGCGCACAAGCUUUCGAACCGACGAUUGCUUACUGGAAAUCCGUUGCGAUGCAUGGGAGGAUCUGGAGACGGGGAUAUCUUUCAGGAAAUUCGUCACAUUCGACGAUUAUCUCACAGCUAAUGCAUCGCAGAAACAGUGCGAGUCUACUAGCAGGAAUCACAAUUAUAAUCUUAGGAUUCGAAUCUCUAAGGAAGCCGAUAAAUUCAACAAUCUGUUCAAUUUUGCUAUCAGUUCAAAGGAAAAAGACUCGAUUGUUGAUUAUGCCUUAGUGAAUAAAAUUUCUAAAAUAACUUAUGAGAAAAAAGAUAUUGAUUGGAAGAGAAGAAACCCGUUAAAGAGAUCGCAUGACAAGGCUCAAUUAAACGAAGAACUUUCUGAGGCUAAGCCCAGCAAUGAAUCAACGUCAAGGGAAAAUGAAGAUAUCGCCAUUAUUUCAAUGUCAGAGAGGCCUUCGAAAGUCGUCGACAUUCAGCUCGAAAGUAUAGCUCGAACUUCUAAAUCCGAUGAUGUCUACUUGACGCAAGCGAGCGAAUCCAGGACAAAUACAGAAUAUAAAAGUGAAUGCGAUAAAACAGUCAACAAUGAGGAGAGAUGUAAAAAUAAUCGAGUAUCGAGCAACGAGCGAUCAAUCGAAUCUCCAAAGGUUGACAAUGUGAAUGAUAACGAUAUCGCGUCGCAACAAGUGUUCAACGAUAUAUCUGCCGUUGAUUCACAAUUAGAUAUAAAGGAGCUAAAUGUGAAAGUGAUUUCCUGCUCUUUCCUGAGAGACGAAGUCGAGGAGGCCGAUCUGGACGGAAAUGUCAAGAAUUCCUCACGGAAGUCGUUGAAAAGACGUUCCGAUGAAUCUCAGAGUAAUACUAGCGAUGAACCAGAGCGGAAAAGAUUGAGAUCUGAUUCUGACUGGAUGAAGCAGUAUGAGACGACGUUCGUCUUCGGUCCGUUUGACGUAGCGCGAACUGUAACUACUGUUUCCGCCGACACAUUCACGAUUAGUGAUAGUGGUGUACCACAAUUGAGACCAAGGCGUUCGUGCGAGACGGAGAGGAGUAUCUUCACUAUAAGUCCCAGGAGAGAUUAA